UCUUCAGCAGACUGGUACUGGAAAUGAAUGCAGUGCACUGUCCAGUAUCUGUAUAAGAAACACUGUCCCUACUCCUCUGUUUGCAACUGAUCACUAACCCUCAGUCAUUGUGCCUCGCUAAAAAAUGUAGGAGAUGGAAAAGAAAGUUUAGGUUACCCAGUGCAUCCUCACUACAGGAUUACCAGUUCCAAGUUGGCUCCCUGAGACGUACUGUGGACUGGGUGCAUUUUAUCAGGUCUGUAGCAUGUUGAAAAAGGGCAUUAGGACCCUGAAGAUCUCUCUCUCUCUUUUCUGCUCUGCAGGACUGAGCAGUGAGACAAGAGCUAAAACAAACAGCUGUGACUAUAAGAGCCAGCCAAAUAGAAAGAGAGAGGGAGAGAGAAUCCUUUCACCACUCCACCAUCAACUGCCUCCUCCCCUCACCCCCUUUUACACACAGUCUUGGUCCUUCUCUCAUCUGAUCCCUUAGAAACCUCUUCUUCCAGUUUAGUCAGGGCUCCCAGGCUCCACUGGGGCUCUCAGGAUGAGGAAAAUCAGGGCUAAUGCUAUUGCAAUCCUGACUGUAGCUUGGAUCCUGGGCACUUUCUAUUACUUAUGGCAGGACAACAAGCCUCAUUCAGCAGCAUCCAGCAAAUCCCCUAGCAGCGGCAGCAGCAGCAAGAAUGGGCAGAGAUCAGCUGGGAGGCUGGAAAUCCACAGGGAAGACAGGACCAUCCCCCUCAUCGUGACAAGAGCUCCUCAAGGAGAGAAGAGCAGCCGGAGGGGUUUUGAUGAAAAGGCUUACCUGUCCUCAAAACUGUUGAAGGCUGGAGAAGACCCUUACCGUCAACAUGCUUUCAACCAGCUGGAGAGUGACAAGCUCAGUAGCGAUCGGCCCAUUCGGGACACCAGGCAUUACAGAUGUGCCUCAGUACACUAUGAUGCAGACUUGCCAGCAACCAGCAUCAUCAUCACCUUUCACAACGAGGCUCGUUCCACCCUGCUCCGCACAGUGAAGAGCGUUCUCAACCGCACCCCUGCCAGUCUCAUUCAGGAGAUCAUUCUAGUAGAUGACUUCAGCUCAGAUCCUGAGGACUGCCAGCUCCUUACCAAGAUCCCCAAGGUUAAGUGUCUACGCAACAGCCGACGAGAAGGACUGAUUCGCUCUCGAGUGCGAGGGGCUGAGGUGGCGACAGCUGAGAUUCUCACCUUCCUGGACAGUCACUGUGAGGUUAAUAGUGAGUGGCUGCAGCCGAUGCUUCAGAGAGUGAAAGAGGAUUAUACCCGAGUGGUGAGUCCAAUCAUUGAUGUGAUCAGCCUGGAUAAUUUUGCCUACUUGGCAGCAUCAGCAGAUCUCAGGGGAGGGUUUGACUGGAGCCUUCACUUUAAGUGGGAGCAGAUCCCCAUAGAGCAGAAGAUGUCCAGGAUAGACCCAACCCAGUCUAUCAGAACACCUGUCAUAGCAGGAGGCAUCUUUGUUAUUGAUAAGUCCUGGUUUAAUCACCUGGGGAAAUAUGACACUCAAAUGGACAUCUGGGGAGGAGAAAACUUUGAGCUCUCCUUCCGCGUGUGGAUGUGCGGUGGCAGCUUGGAGAUUGUUCCCUGCAGUCGUGUGGGCCAUGUGUUCAGGAAGCGCCACCCCUAUGACUUUCCUGAGGGCAAUGCACUGACCUACAUUAAGAACACCAAACGCACAGCAGAGGUGUGGAUGGAUGAGUACAAACAGUAUUAUUAUGAGGCCCGGCCAUCUGCCAUCGGAAAGUCAUUUGGAAGCAUUGCUGACCGAGUGGAGCAACGUAAGAAGCUGAACUGCAGAUCCUUCCAGUGGUAUUUGGAGAAUGUCUACCCAGAGCUCAAGGUUCCUGAAAAGGAGCUAAUUCCUGGGAUUAUCAAACAAGGAGAAAAUUGCCUGGAAUCUCAGGGACAGGAUAUGACUGGAAAUACUUUGGCUGGCGUGGGAAGCUGUAAAGGGACAAUGAGCAGUCCUCCUGUCACCCAGGAAUGGGUAUUCAGCGACCCUUUAAUUAGACAGCAAGACAAGUGUCUCUCCAUCACCUCCUUCUCCACUGGGUCUCAAGUCACACUGGAAGCAUGCAAUCAGAAAGAUGGCAGACAGAAAUGGAAGAUGAAAGGCAGUUUCGUUCAGCACUUUGUCAGCGGCCUCUGCUUGGAAAACCAGUCCAGCAGAGCAGUGACCAACCCAUGCCAAUUGGAUGUACCUGGUCAACAGUGGGAGCUGCUGCAGGCCACAUGAUGGUAGCUCAGAAACCUCUUUGUUUCCUUUGCAUGGAACUUCGGGAAUGGAAGGGGCGUGGGUGGGGAGUAAAGGUUUAUUAUGUCUAACCCUUAAUGUCUUGAUUGUGGCCAUCAGUAAGUCACCAUUUCAGUUGAACAUUCAAUGUCUUUGAACUUUUAAGGAAGAAGUUGGGGGGGAGGGAAGGUCAGAAAUGGCAUUGAAAUCAGCCCUAUUGCCUCCAUUCUGCUCCGUAAUUGACAUCCUUGUCUAACAACAGUGAAAGGCAGGAGAGGGCACAGCCCAGUAGCCAAAGUCACCUUGGAAUGGCAACAACUGACUAACAGCUCUCCCCUUCGGUUCCUUCCUCUGUGUCGAAAUAUGUGGUCUUCAGCCCCAUUGAUUCCACAUCACCAGCAGCUUCAACAAUGCUUGUACAAUCUCGUGGUACCUCUCUGGCUUUACUGGCUUUCUACUGUGACAUCUGGGUCACUGCUUGCAUGUUGUCUGACUGCUGCAGUGAGGUGGCCUUGCAGGAGUGUCAGCAUAAAUAACAAAUGGGUCGGGUAUGGGUAACUCAUUUCAGGGUAGGCACUGUUUAUUACUCCAUGUUUGGACAGUGCCUGAUCUAGUGGAGCUUCCUCUUUGUGGGAUCGAAUGAGAUGGAAGAAGAAAGAUGUAGUGGGCCAAAGGGCAGGGUGAUCAAUGGGUAGGAAGAGUGAUGUAUUUUUGCUGGGUUGUGUCAGCUCACAUCUAUGUCAUUCCUUGCAAAGGACCUUUUUAUGAUUCCUGCUUCUUGUGGCAAAUAGCCAUGAUGGUCAGGAAGACUUCUGCACCAACACCUCGAAGAGGCCAGUAUCACUGCAGUAGAUAACCCAGGGCUAAUCCUCAUCAGCCAGGCACAUUGUUGUGUUUCAUAAGAGUGCUAGGGUGUAAAUGCAUGUCAGAACUACAGUGUCUGUGUGAAACCCCUCCACACAGGGAGCUGAUGCCAGGAUUUAGCUUGUGCAUGCCCCCACUUCUGCAUGACUAUUCUGCCAUGAACUGGCCUGACAUUCAGAAAAUGGCUGCCUAAACUCUGGGGUACUGGAGGUUGCUGGAGGUCACUCUGAGACUGAUAGAUGAGAUGCUACAGCUACUAGGAAAUAUCCAUUAAGUGCCACCCUGCAGGCAUUCCACAGCAGUGCACUGACAGUGUGUGUUGAAAGCAUUGCUGUAUUCUGGGAUGACAAGGGGAGGGCUCCGAAGAGAACAUGUAUUGCUGCCUUCUGUCAUUCCUUGGCUGGGAUGCAUUAACAGAGAGCGCGCGAGAGAGCGCGCAUCCCCCUGGGUAAUAACUGUGUUCCAAAUGUGGGUUAUGACUAAGGAAAGCCAGUGAAGUGGCCACGUGAGUGUGCAUUGCCCAUGUGAAUGCAGCCUGGGGUAACAGGCUCCAAAGCUCUUGCUCUGAGAGACAGAGGCAGCUGCAAAGUUUGAGGAUUUGGCUGUUCUUUUCCCACCUCACUCCUUACACCUGGAAAGCCCAGCUUUCCCUCCAAAGCAUCAGUACCCACUCACCUGCCCUUUCUAAAAAGUCUGCCCUCAUUGUAACCCAUGAGGACUCACAGUAAGGCAUUUCCUGGCAUUAUUCCUCACUGACAAAGGUAGAUACACGUUCAGUAACUUGUUCCCUGACCCCUUCCAUUUUCAAUUAGUCAUGGUGAGGAGAGGUAGGAAGAAAAUCCUUCCCUGUGGUACUGGAUCAAAGAUACUCCAUGCCUUUCCUUGCUGGUGAAUUGCCCCACUGCUUCAGGAUCCUCAGUCAGUUCUGAAGCACCUCUACAGAGACCCUGUUCCAAUGCUGGGGGUGGAUCUGAGUGGACUGGAGCAGUUGUGGCUGACAAGAUCCUGUCCCGGCACUCUGUGGACUUUGCCAAGCUGCAAAUUAGGACAGCCCUACUCUGUAGCAGGGAUUAAACCAGCCAUUGGAAGCCAUGGAACAAGAAAGGUGCAAGUCACCUCCCCUGUGUGCCAGGACCUGAUGCCAGUGAAGCACAGGGAUGAAUCCACUCUUCAGCAUCUUGCAUCACCACAGUCUGCUGUUGUUAAUCCCUUCCAUGCCAGACAGACAGGGUGUGCCCACUGAAGUAUCUCCUCCUGUUCUCUUUUACUUAAACCAAUGGCCUGAAAAAAAAAUCUGAUGCUGGGAAUACUCCAGAGUCAGGCAGCAGUGAAAGGAUUAGUGGAGCAGACCCUGAUUUCUCUUUUUUCAUGGAGAAGAGGUAAGGGUUUCGUAGGGUGAGGUCACCUGAAGAAAAAUGCCUUGCAUUCAGAAUCAUGUCUGACUUUAUCCUAACUACACAUUUAGUCCAAUAAAAGCCAUCAUCCUAAGAAAGCCUUGCCCCUCCCAUAAUUUCUGGACCAUCAUGGCAACAUCACUCUUAUACUACUGUUUAUGGAGAAGACUAACUGCUCUCACUUAAAAGGACAGUGGUAGGAUGUAAAUCCAUCUAUUAAGGGAAAUUGGACUUUAUAGAAAUAGGGAAAAAUGAAAAAAAAACCCAAAACAAACUCCUAACAGAUACUCUUUGCUUCCCUCAUUUGCUUUCUGCAAAAAGAAAAGCCAGUGUCUCCUCCUGUGCCUCUAUUUCUGGUUCAAGUGAACUGGUCAAUGGUAGGAGUUCGGUUUGGUUCCCAGAGAUGUUAGAUAAUCUUUCAGGCACAAAGUACCCUUGUGCCCAAAAGCUUCUCUAAUACUUCUCCCAAAUGUACAGUUGGCUCAAUAAAAGGUAUCAUCAAAACCCCUUUGCUUCUUGCAUAGUCCCUGGACCAUCAUGGUUAGAACUACACUCCAAUUCUGGAUUCUGUUGGCUUUGACCAUGCUUGUGCCUGUUUCUAAUUCUCCAUUCAUAACUUGCACCAAAUUCUUGGUAAAAGAACAGAUUCUAUUCUUUGAACCUGUAUUUUCUUGCAAACGAAAAGGCUUAUGUGAAAACAAAGGGGUUCGUUAUUCUGUGUUGUUCUUCUAUUUUAAAAAGUUUGUUGCUCGACCAGGAGCAAUGAGAAUCUUCAGUUUCCUCUUUUCAUUUAGAUAGGAGCUUAACAGUAUGGCAGUGGUUUUCCUGCCUGGUCAAAGAAAACUCAAGAGACUCCUCUUACGGCUAUGGCAAGUUCAGUUUUGUGCAACUGAGCACUUUUGUGUAGGAAGGAGGGAGCGUUGUACAACACGUUUUCCUCCUCCUCCUGUACACUACAGAGAUGCUGUGAUGCUUUCAUGCCAGCACACAUCAGAGGGAUUGAACUUGAUGGGCAAGUUCUUAGGGGUAAAAAGACAGUGAAAGGGAAAAGGACGAGGUAGCAUGGGGAGAAGAGGCAGAGAGAGAGACAGAAGGAGAAGAAAGAAAAAGGAGAGAAAAAUGAAGGGAAGGGAACAGAACAGACAGGCACCAUGAAAAAGAGAUGAAGUCCAUCAUUCCUCAGUCACUGGUCACACCCAUGAGAAUCUACUUCCAGGAUAGCAAUGAGGAAUAGCAACAGGAAGGUCUAACUAACUUGACAGAAAAAAAAAAGCAGCAUGUGAAGAAAGACCAAAGAGGAGAGGAGCAGGGAGGUAAUUUCUUGGGGCAUUAAGUUGUUUCCAGAUAGGAUAGAGCUCAUAGAACAGAUACAAAGAGGUUGCCUGAGCACCCUUUUUCCCCAUCAUGUAGAUUCACAGUCUCAGCUACUGGUGCAGUCAGCUCCUUCCUCAGGCAUUGCUCUCUUACCUGUUCCCAUUGAUUCUUGUAUCUGUGGCCUUCCUGUACUUUGAUUUUAGGGCUUUGUCUGUUAACCACAGUGGGGACAGAAGCCAUCUCUAACUCUUAUCUUAUGAGCCAAAACAAUCACAUAGGGCUGCUCUUUGAGAGGGGACCUCUUCAGAAUAUUGCUAUUGGCUUGGGUGCUGAGCUCUGAUUGCCCCAGGAAUCCCACUUGUAGGGAGUCUUCAAGCUGUCUGUCAUCCUAAGUUUGUCCUGUGACUACAGAUCAACCCUGGUUCAGGCACUCCAUCGAUCGUGCUUCGUUGCAAAAGUCAAUGUGAGGUAAUUUCCUCGUGGGCUGUCUUGGGAGUUGGGCAAACUCUACCUGCAGGCACUCAUGCUAUCUGGAGGGUGAAUUCCAAAAAACUCACCUCCUGCUUUCCAGGUAACCUGUAUUCUUCAGCUUUCCUAUUAGGUUUUAGAGAUCACUGAUAAGGAGGAACAGUGUCAAAAGUUGCUUCUUUUCAUUUCAGGCAAUCCAAACAUCUUCUCCAGCUAGAUGAGGGUACCCCUAAGUGUGUUGCUAACCUGCUCCUUUGUGCAUCUCACUUGAGGAGAUGAUGUUAACAACAUGUUUUCCCCACAGUGCUGCUUCUGCCAGGGUCUCUCCUUUAGCACUGGACUUUGAUGGCUUCUCACACUCAAAGGUCCCACCAACUUCACUGAGGGAUUUAGCUGGGUAAAAGCUGAGGAUGGACCUCAAGGCUUGUCCCACAGUUUGUGAAAACAGUCAGAAAAAGUUGUGGCUGGUCCUUGCUUUGCUAUUUACUUUGAAAAUACACCUAGACCAGGGGUUGGCAACCUAUGGUCCACAGGCUGGAUCCAUGCUGUAGAGCUGUUAGACCCAGCCUACAAAGCCAGGGGGCUUUGCCUGCAACAUGGCUGGGUAGCUGGAAGCUUUGACCAUGCCACACCUGGGCAGACGAGGAGACAAGGCAGUGGGGAGAAGCAGUGGUGGCAACAGCAGCCAGGGCUAGUGCUGGUGUGCCUUGGACCUGAGCUGGGUCCUUCCAGACUACAGCUUGAAAAGAUUGCCAACCACUGACCUAGGCUACAAGGAAGAGUGUCCUUAAGAAAGUUGUUAUUAGAUGAUAUCACCCAGUGUAAUUUCCUGUGCCAUGUGGGGAGUAUCAAGGUUUAUGUAGCAGGAGUGGAAGCUACUGUUGUACAGAAACCAGUUUCAAAGAGUUUAUUUUCCCCACUUGGCUAUCAAAUGCACUUUGCCAAAUGUAAUUUAUGUGGAACACAGAUUUGUUUUUCCUUUUCUUGAAGAAAGCAUGUGCCAGAAUCUGUCUGUUUAAAUGCCUGGAAUUAAAUCCACUUUGAAACAAGA